AUGUGUUCAAUAAGAGAAUUAUUACAUGGAGCUUUAUGUGAAGCCUUAAGGCUUUAUCCGCCGGUUCCUUUGGAGCACAAAUCUCCAUUGAAAUCUGAUGUGCUUCCUAGUGGACUUAAGGUUAAGGAAAAUACAAUGAUAAUGUAUUCUUUAUAUUCAGUUGGAAGGGUGGAAGAAAUAUGGGGAGAAGAGUGUUUGGAAUUUAAGCCAGAGAGGUGGAUUUCUAACAAAGGAGGGAUAGUUCAUGUACCUUCUUACGAGUUCAUUGCUUUCAAUGCCGGACCAAGGAGUUGUUUGGGUAAGAGUAUAAGUUUCAUUGAGAUGAAAAUGGUUGCUGUAGCAAUAUUGUUGAAUUAUCAUGUUCAAGUGGUGGAAGAUCAUCCUAUUAUCCCAAGUGUUUCUGUUGUUUUACAUAUGAAACAUGGAUUGAAAGUUAAUAUUAAGAAAAGAUCCAUUUGA